UACAUGGUGAAGCAGCUGGAGACGGGCGAGGUGAACAUCGAGGAGCUCAAGCGCAACCUGGAGUACACGGCGUCACUGCUCGAGGCCGUCUACAUCGAUGAGACCAGGGACGCGGUGCCCUCCGAGGUGCGGGACUGUCUGGCCGCCACCUUCACGCAGCAGGCGCGCGCCAAGGGCCGCCGCGCCGAGGAGAAGCCCAAGUUCCGCAGCAUCGUGCACGCCGUGCAGGCCGGCAUCUUCGUGGAGAGGAUGUUCCGCCGCACGUACACGGCCGUCGGGCCCAGCUACUCGGCCUCCGUCCUCAGCUGCCUGAAGAGCCUGGACCUGUGGUGCUUCGACGUGUUCGCGCUGAACCGGGUCACCGAGGACCACGCGCUGAAGACCAUCGUCUUCGAGCUCUUCACCCGCCACAACCCCAACAACCACCACAACCAGGUGCACGCGGCCGACGUCACCCAGACCGUGCACUGCUUCCUGCUGCGCACCGGCAUGCUGCACUACCUGACGGAGAUCGAGGUCUUGGCCAUCGUCUUCGCUGCCGCCAUCCACGACUACGAGCACACGGGCACCACCAACAGCUUCCACAUCCAGACCAAGUCGGACUGUGCCAUCCUCUACAACGACCGCUCGGUGCUGGAGAACCACCACAUCAGCGCCGUGUUCCGCAUGAUGCAGGACGACGAGAUGAACAUCUUCGUGAACCUCACCAAGGACGAGUUCGCGGAGCUGCGGGCCUUGGGCAUCGAGAUGGGCCUCGGCGCCGACAUGGCCUGCGCCCGCCCGCCCUGGUGUCCCCACGCUGCACCAGCCCGCGCCAUGGGGACCGUCCUCCCUCGCCAGGGUGACAAGGAGGCCGAGCUGGGGCUGCCCUUCUCGCCCCUCUGUGACCGCACGUCCACGCUGGUGGCCCAGUCCCAGAUCGGCUUCAUCGACUUCAUCGUGGAGCCCACGUUCUCGGUGCUCACCGACGUGGCCGAGAAGAUGGUGCUGCCCCUCGUGGAGGACGGGGCCAAGGCCAAGGGCAACCCGGCGGGCGGGCAGCCGGCCAGGCGGGCUUCCAAUGGCUCCGGCUCCAACGUGCUUCCAGCAUCCUCCAGCUCGCUCCCGGCUCCGCGGUGCCUCCUGCAGCAGGGCAUCUCCGGCAUCCCGGCUUCCAGAAUGCCUCCGGCUCCCCCUGCUCCGGCUACCCCGGCUUUCCCAGCUGCAGCUUCCUCGGCUCCGGCUUUCCCAGCUCCGGUGUGCCUGAGAUCCUCCGGCUCUCCUGCAGUGCCGCCGGGAUCCAGCAUCCUCCGGCUUGGGAACGCCUCCGGUGUCCUCCAGCUCCGGCAUGCCUCGGGCUUCCCUGCCUUCGGCAUACCUGCAGCAUCCUCCGGCUCCGGCAUCCUCUGGAUCCGGCGUGCCUGCAGCUUCCCUGGCUCCCGCGUGCCUCCGGGAUCCUCUGGCUUCGGCAUGCCCGCAGCAUCCUCCGGCUGCAUCACGCUUCCAGCAUCCUCUGGAUCCAUCAUCCCUGCAGCUUCUCCGGCCCCGGCAUCCUGCGGCUCCGCGGCUCCGGCUCCAGCAGGGCCGCAGCCCCGUUCCCGUUCCUAUUCCCCUUCCCCUCCCCGCACACUGCCGCCUCGCGCAUGUGAAACGAAGCCGCCGCCGCUAAUGAGCUCUUAA